AUGUCAUCAAAGACCGGAACAGAUUUCUGGUCCCCAACCUACUGGUCAACCCGCUUCACAACAGAAACCAACUUUGAAUGGCUCGUACCGGCUUGUACGCUUGUACCGAUUGUGAAGGAUGUUGUGCGUGAGCUUCCUGCACCGCCGAGGAUCUGGAACUACUUUGAGAAUGGGGUUGAGGAUGGAGAAGAGGGGUUUUGUGGCGUGGGUGGAGAAGGAGGAGAAGGAGGAGAAGAAGUGGGAGGAGAAGAAGAGGAAGGAGAAGGAGAGGGAGAGGAAGAGGAAGAAGUGGUGAAUAUCCUUCAUCUAGGAAGCGGCACUUCCAUCCUCGGUACCCAACUCCAAACUUACCUCUCUUCCCCUUCCCCUUAUUCCUCUCCCCCUUCCCCUCCUCCUUCUCCCCCUUCCCCUUUCCCCUCCCCCUCGCCGCCUCCCCCAAAAACACAAGCCUCAAGUAUCCCAAAAUGCCAAGUCUACGACGCAGACUACGUCCCGCUCCCCUCCUCUACCGCUCAAGAAGAAGGGAGGGUCCCGUUUCUGUUGGUUGAUGCGCUUGAUUUGGGGUCUUUGUAUGCGAGUCUACCUCUUUCCAAAGGACGAGGGGUGGUAGGAGGAGGAGGAUGGGCAGGGGGAGAGAAAGGAGAAGGUGGAGGAAGAAGCGGGAAGGGAGGGGGAAGGGGAAGGGGAAGGGGAAAGAGAAAGUGGGAUAUGGUAUUAGACAAGUCGACUAUUGACGCUAUCUCUACCGGACCUCUCUUACCCCCUCCCCCGUCCCCCUCUUCCUCCCCAUCGUCUCAAAAAGCACCAUCGGCUGAAUUAGGGGAAGGAGAAGAAGAGUUACCAGCAGACCCUGCGGAGAGGACGCUGUUGAAUGUUGGUCGGGUGGUUAGGAAGGGUGGGAGGUGGGUGAGCGUAUCGUAUUCUUCGACGAGGUAUGAUUUUCUUCCCUUCUGUCCUUCCCCUUCCCCCUCUUCUCCUGCCACAAGCUCUGCCCCAACCUCUCUUCCCAAAUCAAAUGACAAAGAAAAGUACGGCUGGAGAGUGAUCAGGAAAGAGAUUGUGGCUAUGACUUCCCUCCCCGAAGGCCGGUUGGUGAGGGAUGGGCGUGGGGAGAGGGUGGUCUAUGAGCCGGAGACGGGGAUAUGGUUGUAUGUUCUUGAGAGGGUAUGA